CGGGCGGGUCCUAGUCCUUUCCACGUGUCCUCUCACACUUGUUAUUGGAGCGCUCAUGGCGGAAGACCACUGAUGUGCAGCUCCCGCAGUCUUCAAAUUUCAUCUUCUGUGAACCUAAGGCAAGUACUAGAUUGCAGAUCAGUUUGUAAAUGUUCUCGAGUAGCUGGUCAAAGUGGUUUAGUUGAAGAAAUCGUUUAGAUUCAACGACGUCUGGAGGGGAGAGGAGCUGAAGCUGGUUGAAGAUGGAAAGUAGGAUCAAUGAUUCUAAAAGGAAGAGAGUGGUAGUGGUCGGGGGCAGCAUCGCAGGGUUGUGUUGCGCGCAUUCACUGCUCCGAUCGGAAUGGCUGGAGGUCCUUGUCUUCGAGAGGGCACGCUCUGUCACGGCUGCUGGAGCUGGCCUCGGCGUGGGCCCUCGCGCUUGCGAUGCGCUUCGAAGUUGGGGAUUAGGGGAUGCACUUGAAUCGUCGUCCCUGCCGCUUUCAAUGGAAGAGAAUAGAGCGCUUGACAGCAAGAGAAAUGAUCCUGUUGUAAUCAAAGACGAAACCUACGAUCACCGAGCUGUGCAUUGGAGUGACCUACAUCGUCUCAUACACGAUGCGCUACCUGCGGGCAUUGUUAGAUGGAGCCACGAGGUCGUCUCGUUUGCGGAGCUUCGAGAAGCCAAUGGAGAGCCCCGUGUGCGAGUCAAAGUGUCCAAAUUAGGAGGUGCAGAGAAUGAAAGCAACGUGGAAGAGAUUGAUGCUGAUUUCAUGGUUUCUGCCGAUGGAUCCAUGUCACAGACCCGGGAAAAAUUUAUACCGAAUGAAAGCAGAAGGUACUCUGGGUACUGUGCAUGGAGAGGUGUCUUGGAGACAUCUUCCGAACAUGCCCAAGAAGUGGCAGAGACUGUUAAGAAGGCGUAUCCUGACCUUGGAAAGUGCCUCUACUUCGACAUUGCCGAGGGUACACACGCAGGAUUGUAUGAGCUACUGAAGAAAAGGUUGAACUGGUUAUGGUAUAUCAACCAGCCAGAGCCCCAAUUGAAGGGCAAGUCAGUCACUUUGAAAGCUGAUGAAAAAGCUAUCAAGGAGCUCCACGAGCAAGCGCAGCGCACAUGGCCACCCGAGCUGGCGAAGUUGAUGCAAUCAACCGCAAGUCCUUUCAUAAAUGCAAUUUUUGAUCGAGAGCCUCUAGGCCAGUUUGUAUGGGGUCGUGUAGUAUUGGUUGGAGAAGCUGCGCAUCCGACAACCCCGCAUGGCUUGCGUAGCACCAAUAUGUCUAUCGAUGACGCAUUUGUGUUGGGAAACGCCAUUGCAAAGUGGGGUCCCGAUCAAAUUGAGGUUGCGUUGGAUGAGUACCAAGGAGAACGGGUUCCGGCCGCUACUAGAGAGGUUCUUUUCUCCCGACAUCUGGGUAAACUGAAACAGGGACUUCUCAUUCCUGGCAUUGAUUGGCUGCAAGCUGAGCAAAACCUGAAAGAACAAUUGCUGCAAAAGAAUGUGCAUAGUUUCCAACCGAGUGAACUAUAAACUGUGCAAUGUAUGUUGCCACACAAUUAGCAGAGAGGCCAAGAUGGUAUGAGGCCAAGAUGAUAUGCAGAUAGAGCUCUUCUGAGCAAGUUCGUCAGAAUCUAAUCCGAGUCCAAGAGUGGGUGUCCAACAGACGAAUAAAAGAUAUCAUUGGAUCCCCUGGCACAGAAAGUCAUGUGAUUGUAACGUAUAUGGGAAGCCACUGAGAAUAAUUUCAUCUCCUUGUGGAAAAAAGUGCAACCAGUAAGUAAGAGGCACCUUUAAACUGUUAACUUGCUAUUAGAUUUGAACGUGAGUUCGAUUUGUAAUUUUGGAGCUGAAUUGACUAAACAAUGAGUUAUCAAAGUUGAAAACACUA